CUGUGUGCACGAAGUUAAAAUGGAACACCAAAAGAAAUUACAGAAGAAUCUUUCGAUGUUCCUGGUUUUCUCUCCGUCUCUUCCCACUAGCACGGCGAGACGGUUGAAAGAAGAAAGAUUAUGGCAAUGGCAUCCUUCAAUCUAGCUCUUGGUCCUCAUCAGAAGACACGAGUUCUCCAAAUUUGUUGCAGAAGGAAAGAAAAGGAACGCAACAAUUUUGACCCUUACAAAGUCAUUGAAAUCACUCCUCCGCCGAAGAAUCUAGGCAUUCGUUGCUUUCCGCCCAACUUACAAUGCGGGGAGAGUGUGACAAUAGAAGGCCAAACAUACACUAUCUCAGCUGUAACUCUUCGCUAUCAGCUGAGGAAGGGGAAGUAUGAACCAAGUGAAAAGAGACUUGAUGUUUUGUCCACAGGAAGGUACAUCUUGAAUUUAUAUCUACAAAAUUUGUUAGAAAAAUCUUGAUACCUCGUGAUGUUUGUCCCACUAUUUCACUGUUGUAUCAUAAUCUGUAAUGUUCGUCCUGAUAUUAUGUUACUACAAUGAUCAUUUCUUGAGCUA